CGAUAUCCGUCAGUUUUCUGCCGACUCCCUUGUCCGGAUCACCGAGGAGUCCGAUACAGAACCGGGGAAAAUGCCGUAUUUCUAACCCUGUAUAUAUAUUUUUUUUUGGUGACACUCAGGGGUCUACUUGACAGUACCCUGUAUUGGAGUUAGAAGUAGUUAUGACGAUGACUGUAUAGUUUUUAGAUAGAAUUACACGUUAUAGAAUUAUUAGAGUUUAUUGACAUUUCGCGCGCGCGAUGUCGGUGUUACAUUUGUUUUUGGCGGGCUUUUUGACAUUGACAGCUAAUGCCCAAGGUUUCGAUUCCCACCUCCGAGGCCCCGCUUUUGUUAUGGAACCGCCUCCACGUCUUGAAUUUUCAAAUUCGAGCGGGGGUUGGUUAGACUGUUCCGCAUCAGGAAGUCCUCAGCCUUCCAUCGAUUGGCUAAGCGUAGAUGGUACCUCGGUAGGAGACGUUUCCGGGAUCAGAAGAGUGCUUAGAAAUGGAACGUUGUUUCUGAUGCCUUUUCCAGCUGCGUCUUAUAGACAAGAUAUUCACAGUACUGUCUACCGCUGUGUGGCAUCCAAUAAUGUCGGUCGUAUUAUAAGUAGAGAUGUCCAAGUCAGGGCUGUGGUAACACAAUCAUUUAAAGUGGAGGUAGAAGUGAUAACAGCCGCGAGAGGCUGUACGGCCGUAGUAAAAUGCAAAGUGCCAAAUUUCGUUAAGGACCUAGUUAGGAUAAUCUCAUGGGUGCAAGAACCCAGCUUUUUUAUUUAUCCGUCUUUACAAGGAGAUGGAAAGUUUCACCAACUACCCUCCGGUGAACUACUAAUCCACAACUUGGAAUUUAGUGAUCAAUUUCCUACAUAUCGUUGCAGGACAAUGCACAGACUGAGCAGACAAGUAGUGGUUAGCAGUGCGGCUAACGUCAAUAUAGCAGAUCAUAGAGGUAUCGCAGCUCCUGUGAUCAUAGAGAGUUCAGGAACUGUUACUGUAGCGCAAGAUGAAGGAGCAGCCUUAAUUUGCAUUGCUCAGGGAUGUCCUUCUCCGGAAUAUCGGUGGUACUCUCAUGGUAGAGAUGGAAUUGAACCUCCAAGUGUUAUUAUGCCUGGUCCAAGAGUAAGGCAACUAGGACCGGUUUUAGCUAUAGAGGCGGUCACAUCAGAAGACGGUGGCACUUAUCGUUGUACUUCAGCCAACGCAGGAGGUGAAGCUAGCGCUGACAUCCGGUUACACGUACUCACUCAGCUACAUGUCGAAAUAUCCCCGCCAAUAAUAAGUGUUCAUAUUGGUGGUAGUGCUGAGUUUAGAUGUGUGGUAGCAUCAAAACAUGAAAGCACCCAUAUGGUCACAUGGUACAAAGAUGGUAGACAACUACCUAGCACCGGAAGAGGAUCCAGUGAAACCUUGAUAGUAAAUAAUGUGGGUAGGGAGGAUAGAGGAAUGUAUCAGUGCGUUGUGAGAAGAAGUGAGGGAGACACCGCCCAAGCGGCGGCCGAACUUCAACUGGGAGAUGCUCCUCCGGUAUUGCUGUAUAGUUUUAUAGAACAGACUUUGCAGCCUGGUCCAGCUGUAUCCUUAAAAUGUAGUGCUUCUGGCAAUCCAACUCCCCAAAUCUCUUGGUUAUUAGAUGGAUUUCCUUUACCUAGCCAUGGAAGAUUUGUGAUUGGUCAGUAUGUGACAGUACACGGUGACGUCAUAAGCCACGUGAAUAUCAGUCACGUAAUGGUAGAGGACGGUGGCGAAUACACUUGUAAUGCGGAAAAUAGAGCUGGGAAAACUUCACAUUCAGCUAGAUUAAAUAUUUAUGGUCUACCGUACAUUCGAAUUUUGCCAAAAGUCACAGCUGUAGCAGGUGAACAAUUAAAACUAAAAUGUCCUGUUGCCGGAUAUCCGAUUGAGGAAAUACAUUGGGAACGAAGCGGUAGCGAACUUCCCAACGGCCUACGCCAAAAAGUCCUUGCUGAUGGCACUUUAAUCAUAGAACCCGUACAAAAGAAAGAAGAUUCCGGAGUGUACACCUGCUGGGCGAGAAAUAAGGGAGGACAGACAGCUAGAAGAAGUGGAGAAGUUAAUGUGAUAGUACCACCAAAAAUAAGUCCUUUUUAUGCUGCGUCUGCGAUGCAUGUGGGUGACAGGGCAUCGCUCACUUGUUCAGUCACUAAGGGCGACUUGCCCUUAACGAUAACAUGGACCAAAGAUGGUAGAAUUUUAAGUCCCGGUUCUUCUGUUUCUAUAACCCAAGUCGAUCAAUUUACGAGCAUUUUAGUGAUAGAAAGUUUGUCUCCGGAACAUAAUGGCAACUAUUCGUGUGUAGUUCGCAACGCAGCUGCCGAGGUGUCUCAUACGCAACAGCUCGCCGUCAAUGUUCCGCCAAUAAUAGAGGCGUUCAGCUUCCAAGAAGGGCUGAGCGAGGGCAUGCGCACACGAACUGUGUGUGGAGUGAGCGCCGGUGAUCCCCCGCUGACUGUCACGUGGCUGAAGGACGGCAGACCGCUGACGCCCGAGCUGGGGGUCAACGUUACGUCACUGGACGCUUACAGUAGUCUCUUGAGUGUCUCCAGUCUCGAUUCUCGACACUCAGGAGACUUCACUUGCGUAGCUGUCAAUCCGGCGGCCGAAGUCCGAUACACCGCCAAGCUUCAAGUUAAAGUACCACCAAGAUGGCUUGUGGAACCUGUAGAUGUAAGCGUAGAACGAAAUCGACAUGUGGCGCUACACUGUCAAGCACAAGGCGUUCCUACCCCUACAGUAAUUUGGAAGAAAGCUACAGGUUCGAAAUCAGGAGACUACGAAGAGGUACGAGACCAUAUGUAUACAAAACUACUCGGAAAUGGCACUCUUCUUUUACAACACGUCAAAGAAGAUAGAGAAGGAUAUUAUUUAUGUCAGGCUGAUAAUGGAAUAGGCACUGGUAUUGGUAAGGUGAUUCAACUUAGAGUAAAUUCCCCACCAUAUUUUUCGGCUCCUUCAAGAAUGAUUACUGUAAAAAAGGGUGAUACAGCUCUACUUCAUUGCGAUGUCAAUGGUGAUAAGCCUAUAAGUGUAAUUUGGCUGCGAGGUGGUAAGACUGAGCUUAACCCUUCUACAAACUAUAGGGUUAAUGCCAAACAGGACGUUACACCUGAUGGAGUUGCUGCAGAACUACAAAUUUUAAAUGCAGACGCUUCGGAUUCGGGAGCUUAUUUUUGUCAAGCAAGUAAUAUGUAUGGUAGAGAUCAGCAAUUGGUGCAGUUGUUAGUCCAAGAGCCGCCUCAGCCUCCGCAAGGCGUUGAGGCACCAUCUAAAAGCAGUACUUCAGUUAGCCUUAAGUGGGCACACAAAUCAAACGAUGCGAAUGAAGUGUUUAAAUUUAUUAUUGAAUUUAGAGAAGCUGACAGAAACUGGCAUCAAAUUGAACUAACAGAGACUCCUUUGCCAUAUUCUGCUAUUAUAGAUGACCUAAAACCGGCCACGAAAUACAGUUUCCGGAUAAUUGCAGAAGGCCCAGCUGGAAGAAGUCAACCGAGUGACGAAAUAAUAAUAACAACCUUGAGUGAAAAACCGGCUGGACCACCCCUGAACCCCACCGUUCGGCCUAUAUCAUCUACCGAGGUUUUGGUCGCCUGGACUCCACCAGUGUCAGAGUUAAGACAUGGAGAAAUACAGGGUUAUAAUGUAGGUUAUCGAGCCCCUUUUAUGGGCUCCUACAACUUCACCUCCGUAGCGGGUGAUGGUGAAGAAGGUGGUGAAAUAUUACUUAGUGGCCUCAAAAAAUACACCCGAUAUACAAUAGUUGUUCAGGCCUAUAAUGAAGUCGGCUCUGGACCACUUAGCGAGCAAGUCACGACUGAAACUCUAGAAGAUGUUCCUAGUAGUCCGCCAAUGGACAUACGUUGUACCUCGCCUACAUCACAAAGUAUCCAAGUUAGCUGGCAACCCCCACCAAACGAAGACUGCAACGGAAUAAUUGUAGGCUACAAGUUGACUUACGAGCCUGUUUUAGAUGAAAACUCACGUGCUAAUGACGUGAUGGAAACCCGAAAAACUACAGCGCUUAUAACUGUGAUAACUGGCCUUAGGAAGUUUACGAACUACAGCCUUCAGGUGUUAGCUUUUACUAAAGUUGGCGAUGGGGUGUUGAGUCUUCCUCAUUUUUGCCAAACUGAGGAAGAUGUUCCAGGCCCACCUGCAGAUAUCAAAGUUGCAGCAGCAACAACACAAUCCUUGAGAGUGUCCUGGCUUCCACCUCUGGAACCAAAUGGAGUAAUAACAAAAUAUAACCUCUAUAGGAGAAGCACCGAUGGGCGCCAAGAAAUAGACAAUGGAAAACAAAUAAUAUCAAGCCACACUACAGCGUUCGAAGUGAAAAAUAUACAGCAGCACAUGGAGUAUCAGUUUUGGGUAACCGCAGCGACUCGAAUAGGAGAAGGACAAAGUUCUAAAGUUGUCAGCCACAUGAUGACAAGUCGAAUACCCGCAAGAAUAAUAUCGUUUGGAGGAAUAGUGGUACGUCCGUGGCGAACCUCCGUAGCACUAAACUGUGAAUCAGUUGGAUCUCCUAGAAGGGAAUGGCUGAAAGCAGAUCAAAUGUUAAAGGGUGGUGCAAAUCACAACCAACAACUUCUUGAUACUGGAGAGCUUAUUUUAUCGAAUCUGCAAAUAACCGACGCCGCCAACUACACUUGUCAGGUGGAUAACGGACAUGGAACUGAUCGGAUAACAUAUAAUUUAAUAGUCCAAGUGCCUCCCAAUGCACCUUUGCUCUAUGUGACGUCUGCAACCAGUUCCAGUAUUUUAUUGCAUUGGAAAGCUGGAAAAAAUGGAGGGGCACCGAUAAGUGGUUUCACUUUAAAUUACAGAAAAGAACAUGGAAAUUUAGACGAACUAUAUUUAUCCAGACAUGCGACUAGUUUCGAGCUAAAGGGUCUGUCUUGUGGCACAUCAUACCACCUCUACCUAACAGCUCACAAUAAAAUAGGGGCUAGUCCGGCAAGUCAACCCUUACAAGCGAGGACCCAAGGUCAUGCCCCGGGGGUGCCUCCUGCAGCCUCUUUUAUUGGCCCCAACUCCACGAGCGUCUCUUUGAGGCUGCACGUGUGGCCCGAUAACGGGUGCCCUAUUUUGUAUUUUGUGUUGCAAUAUAGGAAGGCACUGGAAAGCCAGUGGACGCUGGUAUCAAAUGCCCUAAAACCACAACGACGUACGUCAAUUACUGGCCUGACCUCAGCUACGAAAUACGUAGUCAAAGUAGAAGCUCACAACGUAGCUGGCUACAGUACUGAAGAAUUUAGUUUUACUACCUUAACCAAAGAAGGAGAUGUUCCUCCCCCAGAUCUUAUAACACAGGGUAACGACAACCAUCCAUUCUACUUGGACGUUAAAUUUAUAAUAAUCGCUGUCAUUAGUACAAUUUUGGGUACGGUUGUGUUUUUGACGGUGCCAAUCUUAAUAAGAAGGCACUAUAAACAGGGUCACAGAGAGCAACUAGACAAUCAACAAAACGCAGAGGCUCAAAGAGAACGCUACUACGCAACGAUACACAAGGUGUCACUACAAGCGGGCGAAAAAAUACCUGAAACGUCAGAGGAUAUAUCGCCGUACGCAACAUUUCAACUUUCUGAGCCGAGCACCUUGGCUCAGAAUACGAUGCUUCACAGUUUUAUGUAUCACGAGCACCCUGUCACUGAAGGGUGUGCCUCUCCGCCCCCAUCUAGUUCCGUACAACGAAAUUCACCUUAUUAUAAUAUUCAAAAAUUUCAAAGUACAAAAAACCACGGUAGAAGAAGAACCAACCGAAAAGACAUCGAUAGUGACGAAAGCGAGUCGGACCAAGAAGGUUUAACGUCGAGCCGGACCGAAUCAUCCAAUCAGCUUGAUAUGAAGCACAAGGCACAAGCCUUUGCUUAUCACGGUACAGUGCAAUCCAGUACUUCAUCCGAUAUUUCACCAAUGUCUGAGCAAAAAUCACUGCCAAGGCGUAAUAGAAACAGAUUCCUAGCUCAAGCCGGUAGGUCCGGAUCCCAACGGCACAUUCUAAGUCAUUUAUCGGUGGCCGAGACGGCCUUCAGCGAGACCACCACGCCAUCUGGCCCCGGAGGCCAAAUCGAACUAUCAGAAGCCGAAUGCGACAUCGACACUCUUAAGAAGCUCAAAUUGGGUCUGCGCAGUUCGCUGUGGUCCAGACCACAGGCCGGUCAGCAAGGUGGUGGUCAACAACCACCCUCUGACUAUUCUAUUGCCGUAUGAAGAGAAAAAAAAAGAUUUUUCUUUUAAAAAUUGUGAAUCUUCCACGGGUAUGGCCAGUUUCGUUUUUGUUUUAUAUAAAUAGGUUACAACCCUCUAAAUGUUCAUAAAGGAGAAUAAAUUGUUAUAAUAAUACUAUUAA